AUGCCGCGCGAGGAGGUCACCUUGAAGCACGUCUUGGAGAACAUUGGGUCUCUUCUCCCCAUGGGCGUCACCAAGCUCCGACUGUCAGCGCAUCUGCUCUCUGAGGUUCCCGUGUGGCUACCGCAGUUCUGCGAUCUCCAGGUCCUGUUCCUCGAGAACAACUCUUUAGUCGACGUUCACGGUUUGGAGGCUCUCACCGGCCUCAGGUCGCUCUUCCUGGCAGGAAACAAGCUGCCGAGCAUCGACGCGUCGAUCCGCGCCCUGCGGCACCUCACCGUCCUGGACGUCAGGAACAACCGCCUCAAGACCCUCGCCGGCGUCGGCGACCUCCCGCACCUCGCCGUCCUGCAUGCCGCCCAGAAUCAGCUCCAAGCCACCGCGAGCCUCUCGGACCUGCCGUUGUGUACGCACCUGCACGAGCUCGACGUGUCUGACAACAAGCUGCGCUCGCGGCACGACGUCGUGGAGCUGCUCCUGCAGUGCCCCGCGCUGGAGAACCUCUGCCUCGAGGGCAAUCCUCUCUGUCGCGGCGUGGGCGGGGCGCGCGCGGCGCAGGGCGGGACUACGGCGUAUCGCCGCGCGACGGUCGCGACGAUGCCGGGGCUGGUCGCGCUGGACCACCGCGCGAUCAGCAGCACCGAGCGGGCCUUCAGCGAACGCUGGUGGAGCGAGCAGUCCGACGCGCGAGCACGCGAGGCCUCGGAGCACGACGAGUCUGCCAUCGGGGUUUACACCCCCCCCGCCGUGCCGGCGGGGUCCGCGGCGCGUGCGGCCGCGUACCUCGCGUCCGGCAGCUCCGGCCCGCUCCGUGUCGCCCCGCAGACCGCGCCGCGGCCCCCGGUAGCCGCAGCACGGAGCUGUGUGUGGGCGCUUGGCGAUCGCGACGCAUGUGGCGCCGGGGGUGCCGUCCUGCACAGCGCCGCCGCACGCACGUCCGGCGAGCUCGCCAAGCUUCCCGAGGACGACGACUGCGGCGCGGAGGUCGAGCCGCCCGCGCCUGCGUCAGCGGCGGAGGAGCUCCCCGGGGGCGUGUUGGCGCCGCUGUUCGCGCGCCUCGGGCUGCGGGAGCUCGAGGCGUGCAGCCGGACGUGCCGGUGGUGGAGCCACGUGGCGCGGCCGGAGCUGGCGCGCCGGCGCGUGGAGGCGGCCGGGACGGGGUUCGGUGCGGCGAUGGCGGCGUUGCGCAGCGCCUGGCGGGACGUGGCGGAGACGGACUGGGGGAGUGUGGCGAGGGAGCAGGGGGACUUCACGCUGCCGCCGUCGUCGCUCGGGCAGGUCGGGGAGUGCCUCGUGCUGCUCUGGCGGCGGGCAAACGCGGUGCUGCGCGCGCAGGGCUUCCAUCCUGACGAGUGCCCGGACUGCUGCGACGAGGCCGAUGGAGGUGCCGCGGACGACGGAGGAUACAGCAGCCUGUGUGGGGCCGCGGGCAAGGGCGCGGGGGGGGUUGAUUCGGGGGACUUUUCGGCACAAAGCGGCGAACACUCCCCCCGGGAUGUCGACAGCGACGGCUGGUCGCUGCCCGGAGACUCCCCCGCGGCGAGCCCCUCGCGCGCCGUCGGCGACAGCGCCGCGACGGCGGUCGUCGCCCCGCCGCGCCGCGCCCCCGCCGCGUGGCUCGCCCUGCACGGCGGCGGCGGCGCGUGCUACGCGGACCUGAGCGACCCGCCCGGCCAGGGCCUGACCGACCCGCGCAUGGUCGAGGAGGCCCAGCGCCGGCUCGUGCGCGCCGCGGCCGACGCCGCCCCCGCCGUCCUCCCGCCCGCCACGGAGCACGCGCUCAACCUCGAGGAGCUGCGCGACGCUCUGCGGUCGUCGACGCUGCGGCGGCAGGCGUGGCAGGCGGCGACGGACGUCGUGCUGUCGGACGAGCGCUUCCCGUGGCUGCUGCCGUGGGCGCUGCCGCUGCCGCGGAGCCAGCUGACGGCGCUCGAGUGCGCCAUGGGGGUUGACAGCCACGAGGGGGUGUAUAUCAAGGAGGCUGACUCGGCGGAGGCCGCGCGGUGUCUGCCGGCGGCGGGCCUGCUGUGCGACAUGAUCGUGGCGGUGAUCGAGGCCGAGGGCGCGAGGGAGGCGCUGAGAGUUGCCGUGGAGUUUCAUUCGCAGGCCAUGGAGCUGCAGGCGGCGUCGCUGAACCGGCUGGUGGCGGGCGACGUGCCGUGA